UCAGUACCCAGCAAAACACGGUGGGUACCGACAAGCCAUAGAGAAACCAUUUACGACCGAUACGGUCUAGCAAGAGGAGGGACGCCGAUGGUCCAAAGCAGGCGCCGAUUAACAGGAUCGUAGCUAACCAUCCUCCUUGGUCCGUGGUUAAAUGGAUAUCCGAUUUCGGGUCCUCGAGUUUCACCAAAGAGACCGCGGACCAGGUGAACAUCAUCCCAGCGGAGAUUAACGUGAAAUUCACUUAAUCAUGCAAUCAACAUCCACCGAUUCGGAGAAAAAGAGAGAAAUAUCGAAAAUUUAUACGUCAAGACGUCAAGACAAAGAUUCCGCUAAUCCCGAAUUAUCAAGUAGGAUGAAUUAUUGUUAGACACGCUACCGGUUAAUGAUCAGUCAACGAUUGUCAUUAUCGUCCCGUGGAAGGAAAGAUAAUCGCAGGUGCAAAGAAUGUACACGUGUUUACGUUGCAAUUUUUAUUUGCAGGAGGUUCUCUUCAUUUAAUAUUACGAUGCAAUAGAUCUCGCGAUUAGCAAUGUAAACGGUCAGUCAUCGUGACGCGCGAGGAUUCCUAAUUAGCAUCGACUUCCUAACGACGACGGUGUCUUUCACCUGUCAGGUGGUUUAUUACGAAAUCAAUCACCAAUCUUUAUCGUUCAUCGUACAAGACUUGGAUUCGAAAGGAACAGACGACUCCUUAUUAUAGGACAUAUGAUAGACCGCAGUAAAUUGUAAUAAUAUAAAUAAAUUUGUAACGUAAUAACGAUUCGUCUGAAUGGAACGUAUCCGCCACCGAUUGCCGCUGGAGUUCUGGUGGGGGUGGGUGCAAUUCUAAAAUAGCUUAUCGGAUAGCCGGGAACGUUCAGUUGGUCUACUGACGAAGUAAACCGAAGGACGAACAAGAAGUAUGAUGGGAACGUUUAUGCGGCUGCUGGGGCUGGGCCCGGGGGAGGACAGGGUCGACCCGGCGACGGGACUGACAGAGAGGCAAAAAAAAUUGGUGCAGAACACAUGGGCGGUGAUAAGGAAGGACGAGGCUCGCUCCGGAGUCGCCGUGAUGACCGCGUUCUUCGGGAAAUAUCCCGAUUAUCAGAAGAACUUCCCCGCGUUUGCGGACACGCCGUUGGACGAGCUGGCUGGUAACAAACGGUUCCAAGCGCACUGCAUGAGCAUUGUCGCCGCUUUGAACGAUGUCAUCGACUCGUUGCACGAUCCGGGACUAAUGGAAGCCACUCUCAUCGGCCUCGCCGAGAGGCACAAGAAACGGGGACAGACCACCGAGCAGUUUCAGAAUUUGAAGGAAAUCUUGUUGAACGUGCUGAGCCAAGGGUUGGGUCGACAAUACACCCAGGAAGUAGCGGAGGCGUGGGACAAGACUUUGGAAGCGGCCUUUACCAAAAUUUACGAAAUCCUCGAGCAUUAAGAUUAACUCCAAAGUCAUUUAUCAAAACGUUGUAUAAUAUACUCUAACAGACAUGGAUCUAACGAUUGCUUAUAUAACUUUUUUUAUAAAACAACCCCGCCAAUUUUUCAUACGGAAUUGGGAGAAUAAAAUCUGAUAAUUACUAA